UUACUAGCUAACAAGCCUUAAGCAUGCAUUUACAUAACAUAUAGUCUUAAUCCUCUAGAAUGAAUAGGGUUAGAAAUAAUAUUUAUUGGAUGGUGAAACACAAAUAGAAUUUUUCCCCCUCUAAUAAAAUGACUUAAAUACUGUCCCAAUUGUUGUCAGUGUCAAGGCUGCAUCAAAAAAGAAAAUAUUAAUUUGAAAAUGAUUAUAUAUUAUAUAACACAUACUGUUCAAAUGUGGUAUCACAAGCUGCCAGGAUGUCAGAACCUGUAUUUCACCCCGUGGAUUCUGGUUCAUUGUAAUUUUUCGUUAAUAACUCCACAUUCCUAUAUACUAGUAGGCCUACAUUGGUAGCAGGUCAAACGGCAGCAAUAAUAUUCUGAGAUGCCUUUCAGUUCUACUCUGUACAAACUUUUCAUCCAAUUUAAGAGACUGAUACAACAGUUCAAUGCGGUGCUUUUGCCCUUGAGUGGCAGAGGUGACCUCAGCAUCUCACAUCACAGUUUGUGCUCCCCUGAGCCCGUGCGCUGAUUGAAGUGUUCUGGUUGCCAUGACUACUGAGAACCUGCGAGGGACCAAUGCGCGGCGCUGCUCUCCAUCUCACACAUGAGCGCGCGGACUCUAUAGGCUGUGCUAUAAAAUACUCCUCUUCCCUGAGAAACAAGCGAGGAUUGGAUUAUGUCUGGAUAAAGUCUCUAUUAAGGACUAGCCCCUCUCGUUCGUGACGUGCUCAUAAGCGCUCUCGCGCGCAAGCGUCGCGUCGUUUAGAGCAUGCAAAACGAAUGUGAUCUUGCAUUCCCAUCUACUCCUCCUCCUCCUCUUACCGGAGCCGACACGGAGAGGUGUUUCGUCAUGUGUAAAGAGACAGUUUUACCGCAAUGCUAUUCCAAUAGCUCUCCAGCUCCGCACGAGAGCCACUGACCCAAGAGGAAAGGGUGGUGCCGCGCAGUGGCAUAGUCCAUGCGCGUUCACGUGUUUAUCUCGAGUCGGCACAGCGGACAAGAGCCGAGCGGAGCAGGUGUGCGCUUUCAGUCUGGAUUCAGACCUCCUCUCUCUCUCGUCUCUGACUUUGAUGGACUUACAUGCGGCGCGUUAGUGUGUAACUGCGGUGGAUGACUCCAUAUGCGUGUUUAUUACUCAGGGUGAAAGUGUCCUUUUUCAGAACACAGAUCAGCGGAGAUCAUCAUCAUGAAUACAGGUAGUGAUUCCCAGUCGUCAGAUUCAGAUGCCUGUCGUUCACGCAGUGUGUCUGAGGGGUUGAGGAAUGGAGACGCCAGCAGCUCGUCCUUGACUGCUAAAGGCUUUCGCAGCGUUAGACCCAACCUACAGGAUAAGAAAUCUCCUACGCCGGUCCCCUUGCCGCCCCCUCGGAGAGAGAGCUAUCACAUGACCCCUAACCCCCCAUCUUACAGUUCCCUCGCAGUACUGUCAGACACCUUCCUCUCUCCCCCACAGAAUGAUGAUGCCAUUUCCACAGGCUCUUUCACUAUCCAAUCUAGUGCCACCUCCUCAUACUCAUACUCUAAGACCACCCAAACCUCCACAAGCACCUCUGGAGCCCCCCUUGAGGAGCCCCCCUUGUCCCAACAGGCUAAUGCUAACAGUUUUAUCACUCAGGUUCUUGGGAGCAAAUUGUCUUCUUCGAAACUCACCACUGACCAUCUAAAUGCAACACCUAACAAGAUGAAUAUGAUUAAAACUGACCCUAAGUCUAAAACUAAGCUGAAAGGUAUGUCCGCUCCCCCACCUCAAAACCCCACUGCCACUUCUGAAACACAUGUAGCCUCUCUCUCCAUCCAGUUAGCUCCCCGCAGUCCAGAACCCCAAGCAGAGACCCAUUCAGGGCCUGAGACUGAAUCCAGGACUACGCGAGCCCCUGUCGUGCCACCAAGACCAGCCGGCAAUUUGGUGGGUCAGAUGGCAGUGAAUGGAAGCUCUCAGUCUCAGAGGCCCUUCUCUCCACCUGUGUACCCCCCUCCACCCCCAACCCUCAGUCCAGGCCUGGUAAAGAUCCAGCACGGUCGUAGUUCAGAGGGUUCAGAGACGGUCAAGAGAGAGACCGUUGUCUCUGGUCAGACAGUGAUCAGUAGCUCUGUGCCCAUCGCUCGUUUCUCAGAGGAAGAGAAGAAGGUGUCUGUCAUAAAAGCUCCCCAUUACGAAGGCAUCGGACCAGUGGAUGAGUCAGGCAUUCCCAUCGCCAUCCGUACGACUGUGGACAGACCCAAGGACUGGUACAAGACCAUGUUCAAACAGAUCCACAUGGUUCAUAAAGCAGAUGAUGACUAUGCAGACACAUAUAAUGCAACAUAUGCUGUCAUAAACAACGACAACUACCCUCCUGUCCAUGCCCAUCCACCCCCUCGAACACACACGUACCGGCCUCUCUCUAGAAAUACCUCAGACUCGCCAGACGGUGCCGCCCAACGGGAACUCUCACAGUCACCUGUGCCCCCGCCACCCCCUCCAAUGCCGUCUCUCCUUCAGCUCCGCUCGCGGGACAUGGACAGAGAGAAAGAGUUCUCACACGACCCAAAUGAGUGGGGUCCUCCAGAUCGUAAAGUGGACACGCGUAAAUACCGGGCAGAACCACGGAGCAUCUUUGAGUAUGAGCCUGGAAAAUCCUCCAUCCUUGAGCAAGAAAGACCUACGUUUGAUUUAAACCCAGAUGACAUAGAUUUAGAGAACGAGCCUUGGUUUAAAUUCUUUUCCGAGUUGGAGUUUGGACGGCCGCCUCCUAAAAAGAGGUUGGAUUAUAAUCCUGACUACUCCACACAUGCUGUGGCACAGUCAUCCCUCCAUCUCUCGCCUUCUGAACGGCCUGAUGGGCCUUCAAGUUCUGCAAGUGACUAUAGGAAAAGGCGAAAGUCAGAACCAUCUGUCACUCAAGCCAACACAGAAAGUGACCAGAAUGCCAGUCAAGUAUCUUCCCGACCUCUGGAUUCCCAGAAAGCACAGACAUUGAAGAAACCCACCAUACGUUCCUCCCCCUCCUCACCAUCCAGAGCCAAAGCUGGAGACGCUAGUGAGUCACUCUCUUCCUGUAUGAGCUCUCCAGGUAUGGAGCGUCCUUCCUCUCAUCUCUCCUCAGACUCCCUCACUAUCUCCACGCCAACCUGGCGUGGCUCCAAGCGCUCCAUCUGCUUCAAGAACGGCUGGCAGACAGGCCGACAUGAAGCUUCAGAGACUUGGAGUAGCGUUGACGAUGAAUCUGCCUUGACCCCUUCAUCACCACGGCUUAAAUCACGCAGCUGUGAUGACUUGUUGUCUGAUGGACAUGGUGCUAGUAAUGACGGGAGAGCAUCCACUUCUGUGACUACCACUCGCUCAGAAAGUGCAGGUUCAUUGCUCGAUGAAGACGCUCCACAGAAGCCUCAAGUAAAAAGUCUUACCUCAUCUCCCAGGGGGCGCCGACAUCACCGGCGUAAGAUGGCACAUGAUGCUCCAGGUUUCCUUCAGCUCUACAAGAAGAUGCACCACAUAGACCGUGAGCAACUGUUGCCCUCAGAGGUGAUUCGUUCUGUACGUGCACGAAUCCUCGAGUUGGAACGGCUACAGCAACAACAGAGGCACAACCUCCAUGGUUGGGCACCUUUCGGUCAUGAGGUGCCACAACACAUGGUCCCAAACCGUAUAUCGGAAUAUGAACAGCUCAUCCAGAAAUCAAAGUCCAUGCCAGACCUUGGUGAUGAAAAUGCCCCUUCAGGCACCACCACACCAGGGUCCUCGAGGGCCAGCAGCUGUCCUAAACGACGCUUUUCUGUUGAAUCACUUUUGGAGGAGGAAGAUCCUCCAGAAAGGGCUCGAAGUCCCCCUGAGGGACAGCCAAGACCAGGACCAGACAGCAAUAGUCUGGUGCCAAUUCAUGCGAAGAACCAGAGGCAGCAUCAAGACUACUCGGACAGUGAACAGGACGCCUGUGCCUCCGAAAUGAGCGACAUCCACAUAGAAGGGUCUUCAUUGUGUAGCGAGAGCGACCUGGAUCAUUGCUCGCUCACCUCAUCGGAGAGCUUCUACGGUUCUGGGCAACAUCACCAUCAUGGACACCAUCAUCAUGGACACCACCACCACCGCCACCAUCACCUGCACCAGAGUGUGGGUCAGAGUCAAGGCUACCAACACCGUCACCUCAUCAGCUCCUGUAAGGGUCGCUGUCCGGCGUCCUAUACACGUUUCACAACCAUGCUAAAACAUGAACGACAACAGGAAAGGGCUCGGCAGGAAUCCCACCCUGCUGUUACAUCUCCACUAGCCCAACAGUCACCAAGUGAGUCAGGCCUUUCCAAACUGGCCUUCCUGGUCAGCCCUGUGCCUUUCCGCCGGAAACGAGGCUCCCCGCCGACCCAACGACGACAUUGCAGAAGUGGACGGCCGAAAUCCAAAACCGCAAUUUAUGAGGCUUUAGAUGCUGCUUUGCAGGACAUUUAUGACCACAUAAGGGCGGAAAAGGGGCAAGGACCAGCAAGGAUGCCAGAUGAUAGCAUAUUACGGCGGUUAUUGGAGGAGUUGCUACCAGACGUGCCCAAGCGUAGCUCCUCCUUGCGGGCUCAAAGAGGAUCCGGCUCCCCCUCCUCGGCCCACAUCCACCAGCCUUACCAUGGAGCCCACCAAUGUGCCUCCUACCAGCACCAUGCAGACGCCUCCAACAACAACCAGCAUAAUGUUAAUGCUAAUGUGCACUGCUACUCAGACCAGGGCUCUGAUACAGGACGUCUCACACCACAAAGCAGAAGACCUACUCCAGAAAGAGAGGUUUCCUCUAAGCAGAUGACCUAUCUUAUAUUGUCUUCUCUCCUCCAUCAGAAACAGUCUGCCAGGGCUAUUUAUGAUUUUAAAGCUCAGUCUGCCAAGGAACUUUCCUUUAAGAAAGGUGAUCCAGUCAACAUCAUCAGACAGAUAGACAGUAACUGGUAUGAGGGGGAACACAGAGGACGGAUUGGGAUUUUCCCCAUCUCUUACGUUGAGAAGGUGGCAUCUCCUGAGCGGAGACAGCCUGUCAGGCCUCCUCCUCCAGCUCAGGUUCGAGAGAUGGGAGAGGCCAUAGCACGAUACAACUUCAAUGCGGACACUAACGUAGAGCUUUCUCUUAGAAAGGGGGAGCGAGUGAUCCUCCUAAGGAAGGUGGAUCAGAAUUGGUAUGAAGGAAAGAUUCCUGGCUCAAACAAGCAGGGCAUUUUCCCUGUGUCCUAUGUCGAUGUAAUCAAGGGCUCUCCUUCCAAGAGCCCCAGUCACCAAGGAGACACGCACACAUAUAGGGCACAGAAGCACGAUUCAGACUCAGAUUUCCAGUGGCUUGAUUCUGCCACUAGGACACACCUUCAAACGGUCACUAGCGAAUGGCUGUCCCUCACAUUGGGUGUGUCCACCACUUACCCAUCUUCCUGUGGCAGUCCAGUGCCACCCACCCCUCCUCCCUUACCCAGCAACCUACACUACAUAGGCAUCCAAUCCCCUGCUCCACUUGUGCAAAGGGUUACCCCACCACAAAACCUUUCCUCCCCUUUUUUCAGCCAUGGACCAAUCACUUCAGAGUCCUCAAAUGUUUCCCAUGAACAUCUCUACAGAGAUAAACUGACAGAAAUAGAUUUAAAAGAAUCGUUACCCAUGAAAUGGAUCACAGACCAAAAUCAACAGCUAUUAAGAAUGAAACAAAAGGAGCAUGAUGGUAAAAAGCUCUUAGAAGAUAUGUAUGUAAAGGAGCAAAGCUUGAAACAAAACUAUAACCCAUCUAGGAUAAUAAGUGAACCUGAUCCAUAUGGUGAGCUUAUGUCGAUGUUUCUGAAAAAACAACUCCAAAAUGAACUUGAAUGCAGACUGGCCAAUCGAUCAAAAAACAUAGCUAUUCAAGAUGUAUUGCCUGAUAGGUCACUGUCCAUCAGUUCAAGCCACAAAUCAGAAAAUAAACUGGAUAAACAUCAUGAUAUCUAUGAGAAAAAGGCUGAGGAGCUGCUGUCAGUCAUUUUGAAUGAGAAAACAGAGCUUUACAGUCCGGUAUCUGCGAUAAAAUGGGAGGAGCUUCCGGAGUUGUACAUAAAGGAAGAGGAUGAUGAAGUGAUCAACAGAUCAGCCUUGGAGGCUGUUUCAAGAAAAGAGGCUGACUCCUCCUCCAUCACUCCAUCUUUCCCCUUCUCCUCCUCACUCACCCCUAAUUCCUCCCUUACUCUGUCUUCCACUAGCUUUUCUCCUCCACACAUUGAAUCAUCUGCCUCUGCUGUUCACUGUUCUCCGCCAUCUUCUUCAAAACCUUCUCCAUGUACUCUUGCUUCACCUCUUCCUUUGGUGCCUUAUUCCUCCUCUAUCCUCCAAACCUCAGUUGUUUCUUCCCCUUCAGACUCUCCUCUCCCUCCAUUAUCUCUCUCCACUCCUUCACCUCCUCUGUCUCCUCCAAACUCCCCAAUCCCUCUUCCUCCUCCUCCUUCAUCAACUCUCAAUAUUUCUCCUUCUUCGGCCUCUUCUUUGCCUUCUAAUUAUCAAUACAUUUCAUCUCCUUCUCCUCCUCCCUCAUUUCCGCAACCCCUUCUUUCUUCUUUUGCUCCUCAGCUAUCUUCUCCUACUUCCAAUCCUGUUUUCUCAAAUAUCUCCUCCUCCCACUCUCCUUCUCCUCCAUCCUGUCCUCAUAUCUCGCCAAUCCCGCCAUCUCCUCCAUCUCCUAUUCCUUCUUUCCAUCCGCCUCUUUAUUCCUCCUGCCAGCCUCUUCUGCCAACUAUUCCAGCCUCCCCACCCUCCUCUCCCUCUCCUCCUCCAUCUUCUUCAGACCGCAUCCCAUCUCCUGAAAUUCCACCUUCUCCUCCCAGAUCUCCUACACUCCUUUCCUCUCCUCCUCCCUCCUCUGUACCUGUAGUCUCCACUCAGCCCUCACCAUCCAUCCCCCCAUCCUCUACCUCUAUUUCUCCUCUCUCCCCACGUUCACAGCCUCGGUCUCCUAAGAUUAAGGUAAAAAGAAUGUACAAAACAAUGGCUUCAGGGUUGAUGUGUGGUGCAUGCACGUGUGUAUUGAUGUGCGACGUAGAAUUUUUUGACAUUAAGCAAACAUUAAAGUCAGAUAAUUUGUGGAUAUGAACCCCGAACCUUCAGAAAAAACAUAAAGGCUAUAUAUGUAAAUAUGUGUGCAAUAUUAAUUUAAUGCAAAUGACAAGACUUUUUGCGAUAGUCUUUUCUUCCCUGUUGCAAUGUAUAUCCAAGUGAAACAGCUUCUCAAACAAGAAAAAAUGUAGGGCGGGACUUCAUUUUGUCCAUCAGAAAUUGAUUGGAUCAUUGUUGUUUGCGAUUGCUGUGAUCUCAUGUGAGUGACAGGUUGCCCCGCCCAUCAGAUAAAAGAGGGUUGUGAGAGGGAGGGGAAGUUAUUUUGAUUAAAGAUUAUGCGGGCACAGGAAUUAAAAUAAAUAAAUAAGCAAAUAAAUAAAUAUAGAUGUGCAUAUAUAUCUUUUAUAGUAAAUACAGCAAUAUUCCAUAAAAAAUAAAAAAAAAGAAGAAUGAAUUGUCAUUUUUGAUUUCAUGGUACUUUAAGGGUUAGAAGUAAAGUCUUAAAGGACUAGUUCACCCCAAAAUGAAAAUUUUGUCAUUAUAUAUACACCCUCAUAUUGUACCAAACCUGUGAAAAAAAUAUCACAAGCUGCUCUUGCCACACAGUUCAUUGUGCCCAGGGCCAAGCAAAAACAUAUGAACUACUUUUGUGCCUUUAUGGUGUUUUCUGUAGGUAUGCUAUAUAUAUAUAUAACUGAUUUACCGAUAUUGCCUAUUUAAUUGGGCAUGUCCCUAUUUUUACAUUUAGAUUUAUCUUAUCUUAUUAUAAAUUAAUUAAUAGAAUCUCAAAAUGAACAUCCAUUGUGAUGCCUAAAUUCACUUAUAGCAUUUAAAACGAUUGUCUUAGUGUUUCUUUUUAAUUUAAACAAAACAGUAUACAAUUUUAAUAUCAACAUUUUAUCAAUUAUCAGCCAUAACAUGAAAAUAAUUACCAGCUUAUCGAUAUCAGCCAGAUUUUUAAUAUCACAUGCAUUCCUUAUACUUAUUUUUAGUUUAAUAGCCAGUGGUUACUAACUGUUUUUAUUGCAAUAUCUGCAUAAAACGUCUUUAAAAAUUCUAAUAAAAUGUUCUACAUCAGAAAAUAACAUAUGGAUUUGUAUUGACAUGAGGGUCAGUAGAUAAUAUAAUUUUUUUAUCCCCUACAACACAUGCUUUCUCUAUUUUUUGUUCACUGGAAAUUUGUUUUCAAUAAUUUUGUUGGUUGAAUGAUUGACAAACUGAAUGAACUGUCCUUAUAUUCCUCAUUCUGUUAUUUUAAAUACGGUGUCUGGUCAAUAAUGCAAGUGAGACAGUUGUGUUUUUGCAUGUAUGUCUGUGUCUCUUACUUGCCCAAAGUUGGACUGUACUCAUCGAAUCCCUAAUAAUUCAAGACUUUGGAAUUACUACUAAAACUGAAAUGGAAUUAACACAGCAUUAUUUAUAAUCUUAUUCAUGGUCUUAAUCUCAAUACCAGCAAUGGAUUUUGUAUGAGAAUGCUGAUCUCUGAUUGGUUGCCUUGCAUUUGAUUCUUGCAGACAGUUUAUAGGCAGGAAGUGGUGGUUGAGGGUAAGCCACCACGUAGCCCCAUUUCCACCAGGAGGCGCUGUUUAUCUCCCUGUUUAUCACCCAGUAGAGCAAGAAGGGUAGGAUGGAGUGUGCUGUGACACUAGCAGCAGUGCAGACUGGGAAAUGAAGUCCUUUCUAAUCUCUUUUAUAGUCCUCUGGUCGCAUCAUGGCUGGAUUUCCUCUAUGUGUGUAUUGUAACAACAGGUUUUCUCUAAGCUCUGUGAUGACGAUGAAGACUCAUAGAAUGACAUGUGCCUGGAUUUGGCAUGAUAUUCUGACGCGUUAAAGUGUUACAUGUACACUAUAGUGACACUUUCCACUCUCUUUCUCUCUC